UAAACUAAAAGAAGAAGAAGAAGACAGCAGUUGGGGAAAACGGAAGUAGCAUUUAGCAUGAUGACGAACCAGAACAAUAGCAUUGAAUAUUAACACAGAUAUUCGUAUAUAUUAAACGAACCUUUAGCUCAAACGUCCUCUAUAAGUAAAACUUUAAACACAUAGGUAUUCCGUCGUCGUGCCGUGGUCUUGUACGGUUAUGUUUUUUUUCAGAAAUGACAGCGUUCGCCUGUAGCUAACCACGCCACACAAUCAAUGAAUGCGCGGGUUGUGUGAAUCUAAAGCGCUCCAAUCAUGACUACCGGUGCGGAUGUCAGGGAUAUUCUGGAGUUGACAGGAGGGGACAAUGAUGGGCCCAUCAGUAAGAAGGACCUCAUCAAUUCUGACAAGAAAAAAUCUAAGAAGACAACUGAAACACUGACCUUCAAGAGGCCAGAAGGAAUGCACAGAGAAGUCUACGCGCUGCUGUAUUCUGAUAAAAAGGAUGCGCCCCCACUUCUGCCAAGCGACACCACCCAGGGCUACAGGACAGUCAAAGCCAAGCUGGGCUGUAAAAAGGUUCGCCCCUGGAAGUGGAUGCCUUUCACCAAUCCGGCUCGAAGGGAUGGCGCCAUAUUCCAUCACUGGCGACGGGCGGCGGAGGAAGGCAAAGAUUAUCCUUUUGCCCGCUUCAACAAGACUGUGCAGGUACCUGUGUACUCGGAGCAGGAAUACCAGAUGCAUCUCCAUGAUGACGGGUGGACUAAAGCAGAGACGGACCACCUGUUUGAUCUGUGCAAGCGCUUUGACCUGCGCUUUGUCGUAGUACAUGACCGAUACGACCACCAGCAGUACAGAAAACGAUCCGUAGAGGACCUCAAAGAGCGAUAUUACGGCAUCUGUGGGAAGCUGACCAAGGUCCGUGCGGCUUCAGGGACUGAGCCCAAGAUCUACAUCUUUGACGCCGGUCAUGAAAGGCGGCGGAAAGAGCAACUGGACAAGCUCUUCAAUCGUACACCGGAGCAAGUGGCAGAAGAGGAAUAUCUAAUUCAGGAGCUGAGAAAGAUUGAAACAAGAAAGAAGGAACGUGAGAAGAAAGCCCAGGACCUGCAGAAGCUCAUAAAGGCAGCUGACACCACCACAGAGCUGAGACGAGCCGAAAAGAGGGUUUCCAAAAAGAAACUGCCACAAAAAAGAGAAACGGAGAAACCGGCCGUUCCAGAGACGGCAGGCAUCAAAUUUCCAGAUUUUAAAUCUUCUGGAGUUACACUGCGUAGUCAGAGGAUGAAAUUGCCAAGCUCGGUGGGCCAGAAGAAGAUCAAGGCAAUUGAGCAAAUUCUGGUGGAGCAAGGAGUGGAUCUCAACCCCAUGCCCACAGAGGAGAUUGUACAGAUGUUCAAUGAGCUGCGAAGCGACCUGGUGCUGCUCUAUGAGCUGAAGCAGGCCCACAGCAACUGUGAGUACGAGCAACAGAUGCUGCGUCACCGCUACGAAGCCCUGCUGAAGGCCGGCAGCGGAGGAGCGUGCGGGGGGAUUGCCGCCGCUGUGCCGCAGGGCAUCGACGCCGGUGGCGCCAACAGCACCACGGCGUCCACUCCGGUGGGCGAAUCCCAGGCAUGGCCCAACACAGACGACAUCAAGGUUGAAGCCAAGGAGCAAAUCAUCGACGUGGUGGGAGCUCCGCUGACCCCCAAUUCGCGCAAACGAAGAGAAUCAGCAUCCAGCUCUUCCUCGGUGAAGAAGGUGAAGAAGCCCUGAUGAGGACAGAUGCAAGGUGUAUGGGGGUGGGCUCGCAUUAGAAAAUGUGAUGACUGAACAGGAGAGACACGCCGCAGGAGGACGCCACAUUGAAGCAUCUCACACACACGCACACGCAGUCGCAAACACAACCCAGCCCGCUCAGCAUCAUUGCCACAAAAGGCGACGACUGAGUGACAUUUCAUUCCAUUACUGCUCUUCUGCCUGCUUUCGCCAACGCUCCGCCUCAGAUGAGGCAAGAUCAACUGUAAAUUGCCAGGCUGAGCUAAUGGUGACGUGGGGAAGAAGAUGGGAAUGGCUGGGUAAUUGAAAUGAAUUGCAAGGAAAGAGGGAGGCUCCAGGAGUGGGAAGACCAUAAUCCACCUUGCUCCUCGGACACACUCCUGAAAACACACGCUUGUUUCUUGCCUAAUAAUGCUGUAAUGUCGACCGCAGAUGUUUCUACAAGCUUGGAGUUCUUCUGCUUCCCUUUAGUCCAUGUUUCAAUAAACCUCAUUGUGUUAUUUUC